AUUCCUGUCUACUUUAUACGGCUAAUUCAUUGAAUAACUAUGAUGGGAAACUGCGUCACUUGGGUAUUACUUAAAUGAGGUGUCCGUUGAAGUUUAUUUGGAAAGACACUGUUUUGGGAGUUAGGUUACACCAUUAACAUUAUUGACAAAAGAACCACAGACAAUGCAAAAUAAACUUUCCCUGACUGUAAUAUUUUGCCACUUCAUCUGCAUACUAUGUGACCAAAAUAAAGAACAACCAAAUCGAAACAGACGCUUCAGUAAGUUUGUUGUAGGAGCUAGUGAUAAUGGUGAAGAUCCAGGUGUCAGUGCAGAAAAACGACUCAGUUCAUUUAUGAGAAUUGGUAAAUCUAAUCCGGAAGAAAAACGACUUAGUUCUUUUGUAAGAAUAGGAAAAUUACAUCCUGAAAACAAACGUUUAAGUUCAUUUGUAAGAAUUGGUAAGUCCCAACUUGAGAAUGAACUACCUAGUUCUUGGCCAUAUGAUGAAAAGCGAAUGAGCUCUUUCGUAAGAAUAGGAAAAUCAAUGACUCCAAAUGAAGAUAUCAGUAAAAGGUUAAGUUCUUUUGUACGAAUUGGAAAAAACUACCCGGAAGAAAAUAAAAGAUACAGUUCUUUCGUACGCAUUGGAAAAGAUUUGACAGAUGCACUGGCAAAACGAAGUAGAACAAGCUCAUUUGUAAGAAUAGGCAAAAGUUACGGCGAGCUUGACAACGGUGUAUUACCUGAUUAUGAACUUGUUGAAAAGCGUCCACACUCUUCAUUUGUUCGAAUUGGAAAGGCCAACACAGAUCCAGAAAAACGGUACAGCUCAUUUGUAAGAAUAGGAAAACAGUCAGACAAGAUGGGACCUGAAUAUGUAAAAAUAGACAAUGCCGACGUGGCAGCUCCAAACGAUGAAACUGAAGAAUCAUACAAAUUGGUUAAAGAUGUAGGUAGUUUACAAGGACCAGAAGAAGAUCAAAGCAUGAAAAGACGAAGGAGGAGUGCUGAGCUAGAUCAACUAUCAAAACGAGGCUUUAUUAGAAUUGGAAAGAUUCCAUCUUCCUCAUUCAUGCGUAUUGGCAGAAGCAGAUUAAUAAAUUCUCUUGUACUGAGGAAAUACAUCAGAGAAGGGCGCAGAGGACAUUCGUCUUUCAUCAGGAUAGGAAAACGGGCAGAUUUACCAGUAGAAAGUAACAUGCAUGAUGAUGGUUUAAUGUUUUUGCUUCAAAAACAAGAUGUGUGAAAUACUAUAGCAUCUGUAUCACGAUGACAAUCAUAAUGAAAGUCUUAUAGAUUUAGAAAAAAAAUGUAACUGUUUACUGGUGGUAUAUACACAUUAUUUCAAAUUAUCCCAGUUUACACAAUUCUGUAUAUUUAACACCAAUAAUGUUGAUGUCUUAUAUAGGGCGGCCACGAUCAGUUUUGGCACAAAACUAUUCCUUCAAAUAUAAACAUGAUAUGCAAGUAUUGUGGUUGUAAAAGGUGAAAAAAUGCAUGAUCGAUUUCUGCUACAUUUGCUUUAUACAGCGGGUAUACGUAAUGUGAUGAAAUCUAGGGAUAUUUGAACAUUUAAAAUAGACAUAAAGAAUAUACAAAUUAUUUUCAACAUAUUCUGUCAAAUUCAAAUUUAUUUAUCGAUACAAAAAGUGUGAGAGUAAUUUACAAUUCCAAUAUUUGAUCACAUGAUUAAAAAUAUUAUAUAAUGAUGUUUUAAUCUCAAAGAUGAAACACAAGUCUGUAUUACUGUAAAUAGUUAUUCUGUUUUAAAAGUUACCUUACUUCUAAAGAAAUAGAUCAUGGGAAAAUUAAAACUCCGCAUAAACCUUUAAUCGUGUGUGUCUGUUUAGCACAUUUUUCAAAUUCUAUUGGUUUUAAAGUCAAAAGAUUGUUAACUUUUACCUGUGUGAUAUACAUAAAGAUCGACAACUCGGUCAUUUUAAUAUGAAGCACACAAGUAAAAUGUUCUUUGGCAUUUUUGCACUGGUUAAUUUCCUUUUUUAACUGUUAAAAAACAAUUGAUGAUAUGGUUCUUACUUUCAGUCACCAUUUCUAUGUUGAAUGUAAAAACUACAACAAUUAUAGUCUAGUGAGCUGUGGAAGUAAUGAAGGUCUAAUUAACGACUUUAGCAUUAUUAAGUUCGAUUUAAGAGAUAUUUGUUUGAACAAACAGAAGUUGAUGGUUAUUUUAAUGAUGGAUUGUAUGAUGAAAAUAAAACUUCUUCGGAUUUCCAAUUAACUUGUGGGGUCAAAAAUAUAACAAACGAUGUAGUAUUAUCGAUUUGAUGUGGACAUUGUUUUCAUUGUAAACUAUCUGUUUUGUUUUUCUAUCUUCUUUCAAUAACAAUUUCAAGCGCUGUGCUCAUCAAAAUGUAAAAAAAAUUCUUGAAAGAUAUCUUUACCUUCGUCCCAUUAAGCUGUCUUCAGUCUAGAAAAUGCAUUGAAAACCGAUAAUAUUAAAAUAUGAGUAGCAUUAUUAUACCAUAAAAAGCAGGUUGACCGGAGACAUAACUAAUUUGUAAAAUUAUGCAAAUGGAGCAUACUUAUAUUAUGUACAGUGCUUUAAUAUAAUUUUUGUUAUAUGUUGAAGAGCAAUAAAAUAAUUUUAUGA